UUAUCAUUUCAUCUCUAAAUGUGUGAUAUAUACUUUAAAUCAUAAACUGAUAAUUCAAAUACUGUUCUUACCAUUUAAUUUUCUGUUGAUCAACUUAUCAAUAAAUCCCUUCAUUAUUACAGCACGGGUGAAGUGCAUUGCCACACAAGAAGUCUACAAUGGGCCAAAGAAGGAGAGCGGCAGCUGUCAAUAAUCCUUCAUCUCAGAGAGUCUCUGGAGCUCCCGCAGAGGCUGUCAGGGUCCCCAGCAGGAAGCACAACAUCUGCAUGGUGUCAGACUUCUUCUAUCCUAAUAUGGGAGGAGUGGAAAGUCACAUUUACCAGCUAUCCCAGUGUCUUAUUGAAAAGGGGCACAAGGUGGUAAUCGCCACCCAUGCUUAUGGCAGGAGGAAAGGCAUCCGGUACCUGACUAAUGGACUGAAGGUGUACUACCUCCCCCUGCAGGUGAUGUACAACCAGUCCACAGCAACCACCUGUUUCCACAGUCUCCCACUACUGCGCUGCGUGUUUGUCAGGGAACGCAUCACUGUGGUGCAUGCACACAGCUCGUUCUCAGCUAUGGCCCAUGAUGCACUGUUUCAUGCUAAGACCAUCGGCCUUAACACGAUAUUCACUGACCACUCACUCUUUGGCUUUGCUGAUGUGAGCUCUGUACUGACCAACAAGCUCUUGACUGUGUCGCUGUGUGAUACAAACCACAUUGUGUGCGUGUCAUACACCAGUAAGGAGAACACAGUGCUGCGUGCCGCACUCAACCCAGAGAUCGUCUCUGUUAUUCCCAAUGCUGUUGACCCCACAGACUUCACUCCUGACCCCUCCCAGCGCCAAGACAACAGGAUCACUAUUGUUGUGAUCAGCCGUCUGGUCUACCGCAAAGGGAUUGAUCUUCUUGGUGGAAUAAUCCCAGAGCUCUGCCUCAAACAUCCAGAUCUGCAUUUCCUAAUUGGUGGAGAGGGGCCGAAGAGAAUAGUGUUGGAGGAAGUGAGAGAGAAAUACCAGCUACAUGACAGGGUGCGUCUGCUGGGGGCUCUGGAGCACAAAGAUGUGUGUGGAGUUCUGGUUCAGGGUCAUAUAUUCCUCAACACAUCUCUGACUGAAGCAUUCUGCAUGGCCAUCGUGGAGGGGGCCAGUUGUGGACUGCAGGUGGUAAGCACUCGUGUGGGGGGCAUUCCUGAGGUGUUACCUGAGGAUUUGAUCACCCUGUGUGAGCCCACUGUGCGGUCAUUGUGUGCCGGUCUGGAAACAAUCAUCGCCCGGCAUCGUUCAGGGUCGGUCCCCUCCCCCGCUUCUAUCCACGCAUGUGUGCAAAACCUCUAUACCUGGAGGAACGUUGCUGAGAGGACUGAAAAAGUGUAUGACAGAGUAGCUGGAGAGGAGGUGCUUCCCCUGCAUAGACGGUUACAGAGGCUGAGAUCUCACUGCGGCCCGGUGGCUGGCUCCAUAUUUGCAUUUGUAGCUGUUCUGAACUACCUCUUCCUGCUGCUCCUGCAGUGGUUGGUGCCUGAUCGCUUCAUGGACAAGGCAGUGGAUGCCACUGGUCCUCUGGGACUGUGGAAGCAAGAACAAAGCAGUAAACACAGAGCUCUGUCUAAAAGUGCCACGAAAAAAGCAGCAGAACCAAAGAUUUCCCGAUAGGGAUCUCUCCAUCUGUACCUCUGCCUCACUGUUAGCUGCUUAAAUGGUGUUUCACUGUAUGUGCUCUUCAAAGUUCACACUGACAAUAUUAUAAACAUGGCGAUUCAAAAUUGUUUACAUUUCCUUUUCAAAAGGGACCAUGAGUAAAAGCAUUUUAUCUAAGAUUUAGAAGGAGGUUUUUAGUUUUAUAUUUAACGCUUAUAUCGAUGGCACUCCUUGGAGCUUUGAUUAGCACUUUUUCUUCAUUUUGUUAUGAAUGCAUUGCACUGAGCAGAAAGACAAACAGGGCUGGUUGCAACCUUACUGUUGGAUUGUACAGGGAAACUGCAGUAAUCUAUUUUCAGUUAGUUGCUUGUUUUGAUAUCAUGUAUGCCACUUCUUUUGUUUGAUCAUUGAAUUUUGUCCUCUAAGAUGUUGCAUAUAUGAAGCCUGGAAGAUUUUUUCAGAUGACCAUGUUACUUGCAGAUAUGACCCACUACGAUGAAUAAACUACUUUAUAGUGUUUCAUAUA